ACACAGCCGCCCAGCACACAAGGAUCAAGCUCCAUCAUGGUGCAAAGAGUCGCAGUGAUCGGGGCAGGCCCCUGUGGUCUGACCAGCAUGAAGGCUUGUCUGGAUGAGGGCAUGGUGCCAACCUGCUUUGAAAGCAGUGAUGACAUAGGUGGACUGUGGAAGUUCAAGGAAGUGUCAGAGCCCAACAGGGCCAGCAUCUACCGGUCCCUCACUAUUAACAUCUGGAAGGAGAUGAUGUGCUACAGUGACUUCCUCAUUCCCGCUGAUUAUCCCAACUACAUGCACCACUCUAAAAUCUUAAAGUACUUCAGGAUGUAUUGCGAUCACUUCAAACUGCUGCAACAUAUUCGCUUCCAGACCUCAGUGAAGAGUGUUAAACAGAGACCAGACUUUUCCAGGACUGGUCAGUGGGACGUGAUCACUGAGACUAGAGAUGGACAGGAAGAGAGGCACGUCUUUGAUGCAGUUAUCUGCUGCUCCGGUCACUUCAACUAUCCCAACCUGCCACUCAAAGACUUCCCAGGAAUUGAGACGUUUGAAGGGAAAUACUUCCACAGUUGGGACUACAAGGGUCCUGAAGACAUGCAUGGGAAGAGAGUGGUGGUCAUCGGCAUCGGUAACUCUGGAGGUGAUAUCGCAGUGGAGGGCAGUAGAGUUGCAGAGCAGGUGUAUCUCAGCACUCGUAGUGGUGCCUGGGUCAUCCGGCAGGUUUCUGACAACGGCCUCCCUGUGGACAAGUUCAACACGCGCUUUGUCCACAUCAUGUUCAAACUGCUGCCAUGGUGUUUGCUCAACUGGCUUGGUGAGAAACAAGUGAACUCCAUGUAUGACCACACCAUGUACGGCCUCAAACCCAAGCACAGGUUCUUCAGUCAGAUCCCAGUGAUCAACGAUGACCUGCCCUUUAAGAUUUUGUCUGGGUCCGUCCUCAUCAAACCAAAUUUGAAGGAGAUCUGCGGCUCCACCGUGGUGUUUGAGGAUGGCAGCGCUGUAGAAAAUGUGGAUUUGAUUGUGUUCGCCACUGGAUACAACUAUGAUUUCCCCUACUUGCCAGAGAAGGCUCUGUACAGAUCCGGGCACCGUGUGGGUCUCUACAAGCAUGUUUUCCCUCCAAACCUGGAGCAUCCUACUCUGGCAGUGGUGGGUUUUAUCCAUUCUGAUGGAUCCAUCAUGCCUCAGGCUGAAAUGCAGGCUCGCUUUGUCACCCGCGUCUUCAAAGGACACACAAAGCUGCCCUCAAACCAGGCCAUGAUCAAGGCUGUGGAGAAGGACACGAGGAGCAUUGAGAAAAACUACGUGGUGUCAAAGCUGACACCCCUGCAUGUGGACUUCGUUGAGUACAUGGAUGACCUAGCUAAGGACAUAGGAGUCCGGCCAAAUCUCCUCUGGCUCUUCUUCACAGACUUCCCACUGUUUAAGAGGAUUAUGUGGGGUCCAGUCACAGCCUACCAGUACCGGCUACAAGGACCGGGGAAAUGGGAAGGGGCCCGCAAAGCAAUCUUCACCCAGUUUGACCGCAUGUACCAGCCCCUAAAAACCAGGAAGCUUGAUGUACAACAGGAUUCGUCCACUGGCCUCCUGAUCAAGCUGAGCCUGACGGUCAUGGCUGGAGGAGCUGCUCUCUACUAUGUCCAUGUUCGCAACCCGACCACCAUCCCCACCCUGCUCUCCAAGCUCCGCCCUCAAACACUCUUAUCGUUCUCAGAGAAAAUUCUCUGAAGCAGGACCCGUUAACAGAGACCAGUCGUGUUUUGUAGCAUUGUCCUAUUUGUGACCAUUUACUGACAUUCAUUUUACAGUAAUACAGCACUAUAGUAACAAAUUGACCUGUUUUUAGAGACGGUUUGUGCAGUGACUACAAAGAAAGACUCUUUGUGUUGUAUACUGAUAACAAUAAUGUACUGUAACCAGUUUCACAGUAAUAUGUUGGGAAGGUUCACUGUUUCCCAUAUUACAUAAAUUUAGGUUUUAGUCAACAAUCCAUUGUCAGUGUGAGUAUUUUAAAAUCUGCACGAACACAUGAACGAUACAUGCACUGAAAGGACAGCUGGAGGCGAUUCAUUUCUCCUUUACUAAUUUUGAUGUGGACUGUUUCCCAAUUUCUCAAUUUCUCAUCAUCUAAUUUAAGACAAUAGUGAAACUGCGAGGAGUGGCAGGAGCUGAGUGCAGUUUAUGGACUCUACUUUAUACAUGAAAGAUUGGCACAGGAACUGGGUUUCAACCUAUUUAAUCUACUAGCUGCAAUUUGAUGCACCAUAAUUUUAUUCUGUCAUCGAAGUCACCAAACAUAAACUUCAGUGAAACAAAACAAAAGUCCCUUGAAGUCUAAGAUAUUACAGAGUACACAUAUUCACAACUUGCAUAAAAGUCAUUACUUUCACACAAGAUGUGGUUCUUAGAUACACAAAAGAUAUGAAUUUAAUAAUCAAAGAGCAUGGCCGAAUAAAUUAUUAACAACUAUUUUAUUAGUAGUGAAGACAUCUUUGGAGUCUUCUGGCCACUAGGUGCCCUUGUUUUACACAGAAUAAAUCCCCCUUGCUGGGCGAGGGCAAACAAGGAGACACGCACAAGUAUCUAGAGUAUUAAUAAGUAUUAGUAUGUAGUAAAGGGGAGUUCUCUCCAUUGAAACUGUAAGAUCUGGAUCCUUAUCACAAGACAUACUGUGGUAUUCUGUUUUUUCUCGUUUCCUGUUUGUACUGAAACAGUUAGUCAUACUUCCUGUCUUUGUCUUUUCCCGAGUGAUUGCUCACACCUGCCCUCCUCCCCUCAUUAGUUUCACCUGUCCCUGGAUGCCCUAUCAGCUGAGUACAUAUGGUUGUGUCUUUCCCUUUGUUUCUUCCCAGUUCUUCAAUUAUUUUUUUUUUUUAUUUUUUAUUUUUUUGGUACUGCUGUUGGACUACACUUUGCUUGUUGCAGCACCUUUGUUAUAAACAAAGUAAGUUUCAUUAAAGUUCUCUCGGUUCCUG